AUGUCCUCAAACGUCGGCCUCUCCACCCCCCGCGGCAGCGGCACCUCCGGCUACGUCCAGCGCAACCACGCCUUCAUCAAGCCGCGCAACGCAGGCUACGGCGCGCCGUACCCGCCUGUUGCAGACGACAAACUCGGCGGCGGGUUCAAGCAACGCCAGCCUGAUCGGAAGAUUCUGGAACAUGAUCGGUUAAGGGGCAUUGAGGUGAGGGUUAUGGAGGAGAGAGAGAGGUUGGAGGAGGAGAAUGAGCGGGUUGAGGAGGAGUUAUCGAAGACUAAGGGUAAAGGGAAGAAGGGGAAGCAUGAUGAGGAGGAGAAAGAAGAAGGGGAGACAUCUAAGAACGAGAAUGAGAAUGAGAAGAGGGUGUUAUCUGAUGAGGAAAUCGACGAGCGCUGCGAAUCGCUCCGCCAGAAGUUACUUCAGGAGCUCGACGACGAGGCCAAUGCACCUUCUGAUUCGCGGCGGGAUAAUCGUGGGCGUCGGGCGGCGCCAAAGGAAAAGAAGCAGUUUAAGGCGUAUCAGGUACAUGAGCUGGCGGAGGCGAAGAUUGAGGAGAGUGAGAGGUUACGGAAGGCCUUGGGGAUUAGGGAGGAUAGGGAGACGGGGGAGAUUUCUAGUGGGUGGAGAGAUGCUAGGAGGUAA